CACAGCAGUGUCUUAGCUCCUGCACCACAGUUCCUCGCUCUCCACCCCAGGCUUCCGGACUGGAAGGACGCGGACGGGGGAUAAAAGAAGCCUGGUGAGGCCAGGAGUCACUGCCUGCAGAACCUCAGCCAGACUUUCCCUGGGCACUGGGAUCCUGCUGGAACCUCGGCUGCAACAUGAGCUCCGCAGCCAGGUCCCGCGCCACCCGCGCCACCCUCCCGGAGAUGCUGUUCUUGGCGUUGCUGCUCCUGCCUGUUGUGGUCGCCUUCGCCAGCGCUGAAGCUGAAGAAGAUGGGUACCUGCAGUGCCUGUGUGUGAAGACCACCUCCCAGGUCCGUCCCAGGCACAUCACCAGCCUGGAGGUGAUCAAGGCCGGACCCCACUGCCCCACUGCCCAACUCAUAGCCACGCUGAAGAAUGGGAGGAAAAUUUGCUUGGACCUGCAAGCCCUGCUGUACAAGAAAAUAAUUAAGAAACAUUUGGAGAGUUAGCUACUAGCUGCCUAAGUGUGCACUUUCAAUCUAACUGUGAAAGAAUCUUCUGAUGUUUGUAUUAUCCUUCUUAUAUUAACAAAAUUAAUCAAGUUGUAGUAUAGUCAAUCUAUUUCUUAAUAAUACUGCAAAAAUAAUGCUGACACAUCACAAUUUCAUAUUUUAAAAUUUCCAGAAUUUUAAGCAAAAAGCAUUAUGAAGGAAGGCUUGGUUUAAUAAAGACUGAUUUUGUUCAGUGUUAUAUGUUAGCUGAUACAUAUUUGUUCAUUUAUGUGAUUGCAGUACUUUAUAGCUACAUAUUUACCUUGAAUGUUACAAUUAGCUUGCCAAUAAAUAUUAGUAGCUCUUAAGCAUUA